CGUAAGUUCUCGUUUUUGAUCGGUAUAUCUCGCGAGAAGUCGUCCCGACGUCAGAUCACCUUUGACACACUUUGCUCCCCGUAGCAGCGCUGAAGAACAGACACAAGGAUCCAAGAUGAACCGAGCGUUCAACAGAACGAGUCUGAAACGCCUGACCGGCCUCCUCCAAAGGUUUCAGAGCACCUUGGUGGUUGCAGAGCACAACAAUGACAAGCUGACUCCCAUCACUCUCAACGCAAUCACUGCUGCCAGCAAACUGGGCGGAGACGUGUCAUGUCUGGUCGCUGGAACAAACUGUGCAAAGGUUGUGGAGCAAAUUAGCACAGUACACGGAGUGAAGACGAUCCUGGUGUCUCAACAUGAUUCCUAUAAAGGUUCCUUGCCAGAGGAGUUGACUCCCCUGAUCUUGGCGAUACAAAAACAAUUCAGCUUCACUCACAUCUGUGCCGGUGCAUCUGCCUUCGGAAAGAACCUGCUUCCAAGAGUAGCUGCCAAGUUGGAUGUGGCCCCAGUUUCAGAAAUUAUUGAGAUCAAGUCUCCAGACACUUUUGUCAGAACCAUUUAUGCAGGAAAUGCUCUCAGCACUGUGAAAUGUAAUGAGGCGGUCAAGGUCCUCACCUUCAGAGGGACAUCCUUUGAGCCAGCUCCAACGGAGGGAGGAAGUGCCGCGUCAGAAGAUGUGGCUUCAUCUUCACCCACUGGAGUAUCUGAGUGGCUAGAGCAGACUCUGACAAAGAGUGACCGCCCAGAGCUGACAAGCGCCAAGGUUGUGGUGUCAGGAGGAAGGGGCUUGAAGAGUGGGGACAACUUCAAGCUGCUUUAUAACCUUGCAGACAAAAUGAAUGCUGCAGUCGGUGCAUCCAGAGCUGCAGUGGAUGCUGGGUAUGUCCCGAACGACAUGCAGGUUGGACAGACUGGCAAAAUUGUAGCACCGGAGUUGUACAUUGCUGUCGGUAUCUCGGGAGCUAUUCAACACCUGGCUGGAAUGAAAGAUAGCAAGACUAUUGUUGCCAUCAACAAAGACCCGGAGGCUCCCAUUUUCCAGGUGGCUGACUAUGGCCUGGUGGCCGAUCUUUUUAAGGCUGUUCCCGAGAUGACCGACGCGCUGAACAAGUGAGGAGAGAAACAAAAGGUCCAACUAAACUACCACUGCGAAGCUGUGAGAGUGACCUCACGAACUGACAGCCUCUGUCACUGUGAGCUUCUGUGUGUAGAAAUGAUUUCAUCAUCUCUCUGAGCAUUAUCAGAAGAUCACUCUCAAUAUGGGAACCAAUUGCCAGUUUUAAAUACACUUUACAAGCGUUAAAGCAUCAGUGACUAAGCUUGUACUUGCCUUUGGCAAGAGUUUAUUUUGUGCCUCCAGUAGUCCACAUGAUUAAGGUACAGUAAAGGGCUGCUUCGGGGAAUGCUUACCUUGUCCUCUGAUUUGUGACGAUGUACAGUAGCUGUUCAUACUAACCUAAAGGAUGUAAUUACUGAGAUGCUCUUUGAAAAUGAUGUAUUAAAUUGACAAGUCAUAA